AUGGCAGCCAUACCCUUCCCAUUCUCUUUCCCUCAGGGACUUACCUCACCCCAACCAUUCAAAAUUGCUGUUGACCCAGCCUUCAUCCAACAAACUCAGGUCAAGGUCAAGAGCUGGCGCUCGCCUGUCGGAUUCAGUACGAACUGGACGAAUGAAGGAGUCUCUCCAGAUAUCCUCCAAGACGUGGCCCAAUACUGGGGUAGCGAAUAUGAUUGGUCAUCUAUUGAAGCUCGGCUGAAUCGCGAGAACAACCACUAUGCAACUUCCAUCACAAUCAAUGGAAGCUACGAGGACUCAGUUCCACUCCAUUUCGUCCACCAACAGUCCGACGACCCUGAUGCCAUUCCCCUCCUUCUUCUCCAUGGCUGGCCUUCAAGUCACCUAGAGUGGUCCAAGGUCAUCGCCCCAUUGGUCAACCAUGCCGACACACCUUUCCAUGUUGUUGCUCCUGAUCUUCCAGGAUUUGGCUUUAGUCCAGCCCCGACACAGGCUGGCCUUGGACCUCAUGAAAAUGCGCAAGUCAUGGAUGGUCUCAUGAAGCAGCUUGGAUACUCUCGAUAUGGCAUUGUCAGUACCGACUUGGGCUGGCAGGUCGCUAUGUGGUUGGUCAGAGAUUCGCCAUCAAGCGUUAUCAGCCAUAUAACGGACUUCUUUGCUGUGCAGGCAACACCCGAUGACCUCAAUCGCCUGGCUCAGAACCAGACAACCAAAGAUGAAGAAGCUUACAUAGCAUCUAACAGCAUAUGGUACUCAGCUCACUCAGCAUAUUCUACCGUCCAAAGCCAAAAGCCUUUGGCCUUGUCUUUUUCCUUUACAGACAGCCCCGUCGGCUUUCUUGGCUGGAUGUGGGAUCUUGUGCACGCGGUAUCUGAUGGUUACAGCUACAGUUACGAAGAGCUGAUCACCGAUGCAAUGAUGCUGUUUAUUCCUGGACCAUACAGUAACAUUCGGGCUUACCUUGAAGCGUACAAGCCCGGCUUGUUAGACUUUCCUAAGAGUGACAUUCCCACGGGUGUUACAGAAUGGAAUAAUUCAAAUGGGCCAUUCCCUGAGCUGGGUCCGUUUCAGUUCACACCUCGAAGCUGGAUUGAGAGGAGCACAAAUCUUGUCUACUUCAAACGACAUAGCUCUGGGGGGCAUUUUCCAGCAGUAUCACAGCCUAAAGAAUGGGUCGAAGAUGUACUGAACUUUUUCUUGGCAAUUCUUCAGAAGGACUAG